AAAUGAAGAAAUGCUUUCAAAAUUUAAAAAAUUUGAAAGCUCAAGUUCUUUAUAUGAACAACCCAUAAAAAAUUCACCUACUCCUAAGUUUUACUCAUCGUAUUCCUUUCCUUCUGUCCCAUCUUUCUCUCUCUUCUCUUUCCAACUCCAGCUUGUUAACUUACAUGUUCAACUUCUUAUAAUCAAACCCAACUUACAACUAUAUCUUAAAAUUUAUUUCUUUUUAAAAUAGCAAUUUUACACUUUCAAAAUCCCAUUUAUUUGCCCGCUAAAUCUAUGAUGUUUCUUGGCAUUAUCAUUGUGUUUUUGGGUGAUUUUCAUUACUAUAAAAGUGUAGAUUUCUAGGUUUCUUUUCUUGGUUUGCGGAGAGUUUCUCCAAAUCAAUUGCAAAAAAAUGCCUGCAGCUCAGAAAUCAAAGCCAGAAAGAAUUGAUUCAAAGAAGAAGCAAGAACAUGAACAACAACAACAACAACAAUUUAGAAGAGACCCUUAUGAAGUUCUGGGUGUUUCUCGCAACUCUAAUGAUCAAGAAAUCAAAUCUGCUUAUCGCAAAUUAGCCCUAAAGUAUCAUCCUGAUAAGAAUGCAAAUGAUCCUAAAGCAGCAGAUAUGUUCAAAGAGGUUACAUUCUCUUACAACAUAAUAUCAGAUCCUGAGAAAAGACGCCAAUAUGAUGCAGCUGGUUUUGAGGCUGUUGAAUGUGAAAAUCAAGAACUUGAGCUCGAUCUUUCAAGUUUGGGAACUGUAAAUACAAUGUUUGCAGCACUAUUUAGUAAACUUGGUGUGCCCAUCAAGACCACAGUUUCAGCGACAGUGUUAGAAGAGGCAUUGAAUGGAAGGGUCUCUGUGUCCCCUCUUCCACUGGGUCAGCCAUUGUUUAGAAAGGUAGAAAAACAAUCUGCCCAUUUUUACUCUGUCACAAUAACUGACGAGGAGGUGCAGGGUGGACUUGUCUGCCGUGUGCAAUCAUCUGAUAAAAGUAAAUUUAAGCUAUUGUAUUUUGAACAGGAAGAGAAUGGUGGUUUAAGUCUUGCCCUACAGGAAGACAGCAACAAGACUAGAAAAGUUACGUCUGCCGGCAUGUUUUUCCUUGGCUUCCCUGUUUAUCGGUUGGAUCGUGCAGCUAUUUCGGCGGCUGCUGCCAAGGAUCCCGAUGCAGCCUUCUUUAAAAAGCUAGAUGGGUUUCAGCAGUGUGAAUUGACUGAACUGAAAGCUGGAACUCAUGUAUUUGCCGUUUAUGGCGACAACUUUUUUAAAAGUGUGAGCUACACAAUCGAGGCUCUUUGUGGAUCACCUUUUGUGAAAGAAAAGAAUGAUCUUAGAGAUGUAGAAGCACAAUUAUUAAAGAAAAGGGCGGAAAUCUCAAAGUUCGAGAGUGAAUACAGAGAAGUUCUUGCCCAAUUUACAGAUAUGACAAGUAGAUACACAAAAGAAAUGCAAUCCAUUGAUGACCUUCUAAAACAGCGAAAUGAAAUCCAUGCCUCGUACACAGCUGCUCCUCCGAUAAAGCGUAGUUUGAGUAAAACCAAGAGGACGAGUUCAACAAAAGAGCCUAAGGAAGAAGGAUACUCAACUAGCUGGAAAGAAAGGAAGCCUGUUAGGGAUCGGCUGAAGAAGAAGAAAUGGUUCAAUAUCCACUUAAAGGUCGAUAAAAGGAAGCCAUGCUAAGCACUGUAAGUUACCGUGUGAUAAUGUUAUAAGCUUAUUCUUAUAUAUUCAGAUGGGGCGCUAUGAGGAUUUUAUCUAAUCCAGAUGCUUGGAUUCGUAGAUUAUACAUGUCUGUGACUGCAAUUUUUCGCAAAGGUUCAGGAUAUGGAGCAAGCAUGUCUUGAAACCUAUUGAUUUGGUACUGGGUACCGCCCUUUGUAAAGCUCUAGUUAUUCAUUUCUUUUAUAAAAUUUCAUUCUUGUUGUUUCUAUGCUUUCCUUAUUAUCCUCUUGUAAGAGAUCCUUCUGCUAUUUCAUGUAUUCCGAGUUUUGAAAAUUUGCAUCUUAUAAAAUCCAUAAUAUUAUUCAUGUACGCUAUCCGUCUCUUUGAUUUCACAACACUUUAUUUUUUGUGAAUCCCUUAAACUUUGAAAGAUUUUUUUAGCGGAAUAAAGUUUGGUCUAAACCGUAAACAAAACCGGAAUUUUAGUAUUUAGUCUGGUCUACGAUUUAAAUGGUCUGGUCUGUUUUUUUUUCAAAUUAAACCACGAUUUACGGUCUGGUCUCGUUUUUUUAUUUUUCAGACCAGACCGGACCGCAAACCGUACUGUGGUUAAAAAUCAUAAUUUUGUAUUUAAAAAAUUAAGUUGCUACUAGAUAUUUUAAGAUGUAAUUAUUUUUAUAUAGCAAUAUAUACUUGAAUGAUGUUGACGUUAUCAACUAAUUACAAAUUAUUAUAUGUAUUAAUUAUAGGUGUGAAAUAUUUGCAUAAAUGCAUGUAUUAAUUUGGAUGAAAAAUAUAAAAAUAAAAAACCGUAGACCAGACCAUAAAACGGUUUUGUCCGGUCCGGUCUGGU